AUGGAAAUGUUUGUCUGCUACACAGAAAGGAGUUCCACACCUGAUCAUCUCAAAUGCAGCCACAUCUCUGGCACGUUCUAUGACACAUUGUUUUUGCUUGGACUUACACUUGUCACCCUCACUCUUGUCAUUCUUCCACCCAUGGUUAGGCCUUCAUGCUCCUACCUUCCACAUCUCCUCACUACACUUGUACCUUUUCAUCUCAUAUAUCAGCCACCAUGUUUCUUCUCUCAUCACUCAAACUUUCAAGCCGUUGGAAUUAUCAAGUCAUCAUCAUCUCCAAGAUAUUUUGUCUUUAAGAUGAAAGGAAACAACCAAGUAUGCUUUGAAUGUGAGGAAGUCAUUCAAGUCCCACAGGGCAGAAAAGUCAUGAUGAACCGUGGACAGCCCACCUGCAACAAUUGCAACCUUUGGAAUGUCAGGUAUGAGAAAGAACGUAUGGAGGUGGUUUGGGACAACCAUCCUAUCCUCAAGGCAAGUCCUAUUUUAUCUCUGAACUCCCCUCUUUUCAAUAUUAUUCACCAGUACUCUACAGGUUUCCCAAUCCCUCCCAAGGGCAGUAAAGUCACCUGCCUCCUCUGCCACAUUGAGGAGGAUGGGACCCAGGGUUGGAAGUUUGUGACCACCUGGGUGAAGCCAGAGACCGGCAAGGUCGUGUGGGAUGGUCGUGUCAUCUUCAAUUAUGUUGCGGAAUUCCCACCCCCCUCCAGGGGGUAA